CGCGGCCGCCGCGCACCCGCCCAGCCGCGGGGACCGCCGCCUCCGGCAUGCGGAGCUGCAAGAUGGUGCGGGUGGCCAGCGUGCUGGGGCUCGUCAUGCUCAGCGUGGCGCUGCUCAUCCUGUCCCUCAUCAGCUACGUGUCGCUCAAGAAGGACAACAUCUUCGGGGCGCCCCGCGCCGCCGGCGCCGCCGGGCCCCGCAUGUACAUGUUCCACGCGGGCUUCAGGUCCCAGUUCGCACUGAAGUUCCUGGACCCCUCGUUCGUGCCCAUCACCAACUCCCUGGGCCAGGAGCUGCAGGACAAGCCCUCCAAGUGGGUGUUCAACCGCAGCGCCUUCGCCCACCAGAGGCAAGAAAUCCUUCAGCAUGUCGAUGUCAUCAAAAACUUUUCUCUGACCAAGAGCAGCGUUCGGAUCGGGCAGCUGAUGCACUACGAUUAUUCCAGCCAUAAGUACGUUUUCUCCAUCAGCAACAACUUCAGGUCCCUGCUCCCUGACGUGUCUCCCAUCCUGAACAAGCACUACAACAUCUGUGCCGUGGUUGGCAACAGCGGCAUCCUGACCGGGAGCCAGUGCGGCCAGGAAAUCGAUAAAUCCGAUUUUGUCUUUCGCUGCAAUUUCGCUCCAACCGAGGCUUUCCAGAAAGAUGUUGGAAGGAAAACCAACCUUACCACCUUCAACCCCAGCAUCCUGGAGAAGUAUUACAACAACCUCUUGACCAUUCAGGAUCGCAACAACUUCUUUUUAAGUUUGAAAAAGCUGGAUGGGGCCAUUCUUUGGAUCCCCGCUUUUUUCUUCCACACGUCGGCGACAGUCACGCGAACGCUGGUGGAUUUCUUCGUUGAGCACAGAGGGCAGCUGAAGGUCCAGUUGGCUUGGCCAGGAAAUAUCAUGCAGCACGUUAACAGGUACUGGAGGAACAAGCACCUGUCCCCGAAGCGGCUGAGCACAGGGAUCCUGAUGUACACCCUGGCCUCGGCCGUAUGUGACGAGAUCCACCUGUACGGAUUCUGGCCCUUCGGCUUCGACCCCAACACGCGGGAGGACCUCCCGUACCACUACUACGACAAGAAGGGAACCAAGUUCACCACCAAGUGGCAGGAGUCCCACCAGCUGCCUGCAGAGUUCCAGCUGCUCUACAGGAUGCACGGUGAAGGACUGGCCAAACUCACCUUGUCGCAUUGUGCCUAAGAACCUAAAUCUUGAAGUGCCAAACCGUUGUCUAAAAAAGUGCCCAAAACAAAUUUAAUGAUUCUUCAGAUAGAAUUCUAAAAAAGGAAACAAACCCACCCUAAAAUCUUUUCCAUAAUUUAAAGAUGCUUUUUAGCUACUGCUCAUCCAAGGUUUCAGCGUAUUUAGCGGUGCAGAAGCUUUUAUCAUGUCCUGUGGAUGCGAUUUGUGCAGCUGCAAAGUUGAAACAUUUUGCAUUUCUAGAUGAGCCACUCAGUAUGUUUUACUACCUGUUCACAUUUUAGCGUUCUGCUGAAUGCCCUCAAUCUCUUCAUUUUGUUGUUCCUUCCCACUAGACCUAGAAAUGCUACUUUUAAAAGGUUUUGCUUCUUUUGUAUGUGUUGCUGUCCAUAGCUCAGCGCUGCCGUGGCCGACGGAGGAAGCCACUCGGGACUCCGGGGCAUCGUCCUCAGUGUGGAUCCUGAUUUCCACCGCUUGGUAUUUUCCUAUUUACUGAAUUUUACAUUUUUUAAAGGAUAACAAGAAGCUCACAAAGUGGCUCAUACCUUAGCUAGGUGUUUCUAUCACUCUUGGAAUACUUCAGUGUUUUAAUUCCAUUCAGGACAGAUCCUAGCCCAGACUAGACAGGUGGAAGCAUGGUCAUUCCCAUCUAUGUGAUAAAGUUAAACCACCACUAUCAAUGGAGUGAGAAAAGCCCCAAAUCCUGUCCUUGUGCUUGGGCAGGGCCUGGCAGGAUGGGCAACAAUGGGAGCCAGGUGCUGGGAUUUUUAAAAGCGGUUUUUGUAGGGAAGAGAGCAGAGCUGGAGUGCAGGGAAGAGGAAAUGCCAUCACCAAAUUACCGGUUUAUGUCUCUAACUCACCAGACAGCUGGAGCUGAUUUAUUUAAAGGUUUUUACAGUGUGCUGGGGGCUGCCCUCCCUGCUCAGGACAGCCAGUGGCCCCUGCAAGUGGCAUCAACUCAGCUGGGCUCUUCCUUCCCUCUCUUUGGCCCCAGACCUUCCUGCAUGAAUUCCUGAUGGUUCAGGGAGAAUUCCCCUUCCCAUGACUGAAUGCCCAGACAAGCCAACAGAGUUAAUUCAGCACCUGCAAGUACAAAACAUUUGAGGUUCCAAAAUCCAGGACAGCUCCAGCCCCUCUGCCAACAGGAUGGGUGCCAAGGUGCUGGGGGUGUACAUAGCAUUGGGAAUACAUGUUUCCUCUCUUUUUUUAUACAUCUUGGGCCUGUAUUUUUGUUGCUUGCAUCUCCUCGGUGAAUGGUAGCGAGGCAUGUGAAAACAGGCAUUUGGCUACCAGGUUUACUUGUGGACUAAGCCAAAAAGCAGGAGUUUGUGAACCAGAACUAACUGGGAAUGGAGGCUGCAGAAACAGGGCAAAUAGGAAAAAAGCAGGUUUUCUGUAAAUGAAUGUGUCUUUAUUUCAAUGGCUCUACAGUUCAAUGCCUGAUGGAGUUGUUUUCAAGUAAAAAAAAAUAUAAACUUUAAAAAAAAAAAAAGAAAAAAAAUGCCAUAAUUGUAAUAAAGGUUUCAUUAUUAAGGGCCAUACUAAAAGCAUUGUUUAUUUUUCA